AUGUCAGACCUUAAAGACAUUGGAGUGACCGACCCUCACGAUAGGGACGAUUUUCGGCGUCACAUUAAGAAGCUACAUCAGGAUGAGCCAGACAUCGACAUUACAGUACCGGAUAAUGUGGAAAUCUGGUUGGAAGUGAUCGGGUUGGCUACCGAGGAGUACAAGGAAAAAUUCAAACAGGCUUUUCCAGAAAAUACAUACCCGAAGGCACAAGACGUCUUUAAAGAUCUGAAGACGAUGACAGAAUCUCAUAUAACGAGAAAGCUGGGUGUCAAGGCGAAAGGUCAUCUGCGAAGGCUGAAACUGGCAAUCACCAGGAUUCGGCAGCCGACGCUGCGUGAGUAUUCUCUUUUAAAAAUAGUGAACGACAGUCAUUUUGCAAGCAUGGCGUUCGGUUUGAGGUACUAG